UAAACCGCCCUCUUCCUCUCUCGAAAUACUCUCUUUCUUCACUCAGGCUCAUUCAGCAGUUCAUUCCAUUCACUUUUUGCUCCUUGCACAUUCUUUCACGCUUCUUUGACAGAAGUCGUUUCAUUCAUUCAUUCACUUAAACCGCCAGUCGGAUAUUGCCACUCUUUACAAACAAACACAACAACCACCUUUCUUACCCAACAACCUUUUUCAAGAUGCCUUCUUUCACCUCCAAGACUCUUCUCGCCGCCGUUGCCGGUGCCAUGGGCGUUGCUGCCCACGGUCACGUUUCCUCCAUCAACGUCGCUGGCACCGUCUACGACGGCUACGAUGCUAGCUCUGCUCCCUACGACCAGACCCCCAAGACCCUCAUCGCCUGGUCCACCACCGCUUCCGACAACGGUUUCGUCGCCCCUGAUGCCUUCAGCUCUGGCGACAUCAUCUGCCACCGCGAUGCUAAGAACGCCAAGGGCCACGCCAAGGUCAAGGCUGGUGAGCAGAUCUACAUCAAGUGGGACACCUGGCCCGAGAGCCACAAGGGACCUGUCAUUGACAUGUUGGCCUCUUGUGGUUCUGCCGGUUGUGAGUCCGUCGACAAGGAGACCCUCAAGUUCUUCAAGAUCGACGAGGCUGGUCUUGUCAAGGCCGGUAACCCCGGUACUUAUGCCUCUGACGAGCUCAUUGCCAACGACAACGGCUGGCUCGUCGAGAUCCCCGAGAACAUCAAGCCCGGUUCUUACGUUCUCCGUCACGAGAUCAUUGCUCUCCACGCCGGUGGCCAGGAGAACGGUGCCCAGAACUACCCCCAGUGCUUCAACCUCGAGAUCUCCGGUUCCGGCUCUGAGCUCCCUGAGGGUACCCUCGGAACUGAGCUGUACAAGGCCGACGACAAGGGCAUCAAGUUCGACAUCUACAACAACCCUACCAGCUACCCCAUCCCAGGCCCUGCUAUGACAUUGAAGGCCCCCAAGGUUACCCAGGGCAAGCUCGCUGAGAAGGCCAAGGGUACCCCCACCACUGGCUCUGGCUCUGGUUCCGACUCUGGCUCUGGCUCUGCCACCCCCGAGACUCCCGCUCAGACUGAGGCUCCCGCCGCUGGUACUUCCGCUGCCGCUCCCGCUGCAACUUCCGCUGCCGCUGAGGAGCCUGCUGCUCCCGUCGAGACUUCCCCUGCCGCUGAGGAGCCUGCCACUCCUGUCCAGACUGAGGCUCCUGCUGCUCCCAAGCCCACCAAGACUGGCUGCAAGGCCAAGCGCAGCAUGAAGGCUCGCCGUCACGCUCACAUGUCCGUUCUGUGGCUGGAAGCCAACCUGAACCCCUCCUACAAGUGGUCAUAA